UUUUCUCUUUGUUUAAUGAAUUUUCAUUUGACCACAAUUUUUUUCUUUGUUGGUAAUUUUAAUAAUCAUAAUAACUGCUUUCAGCUCAGAGAGUUUAUUGUGGUUGGGCGUAAGCUUCCAUCUGAGAAAGAACCAAAUCCACCAAUUUACAAGAUGCAAAUUUUUGCUUCCAAUCAUGUUAUUGCAAAAUCUAGAUUUUGGUACUUUACUAGUAUGUUAAGACGAGUAAAGAAAGCCAAUGGGGAGAUAUUAGAAUGCAAGGAAGUUUUUGAAAAGAGACCUGGUUAUAUCAAGAAUUAUGGCAUAUGGCUUCGUUAUGACUCACGAACAAACCAUCAUAAUAUGUAUCGUGAAUAUCGAGACAAUACUAUUGCUGGAGCUGUUACGCAAUGUUAUAGGGACAUGGGUGCACGCCAUCGAGCACAAGCAGAUAGAAUUCAGAUCAUCAAAGUUCAAGUUAUCAAAGCAUCAGACUGUAAAAGAGCAGCAGUGAAGCAGUUCCAUAAUUCGAAGAUUAGCUUCCCAUUACCGCAUCGUAUUCCUAAGAGACAAAAUGCUGCCAUCUUUACCACUCGUCGUCCAAGAACACAUUUUGCUUAA